AUGGGAAAACUGGUCCUUUUGGUUGCUUUAAGCUUGGCUGCUCUCUGCGUUCUGCAUUUGAGUAACGCCGCGGAUCAAUGCCAAUUAGCCAAAAAUUGCCAGGAAUGCAUGGGUCGGGGUCCAUCAUGUUCGUGGUGUUUUGAUGACAGUUAUGAUGAUACAGCUGAGGGACCUGGAUAUCGUUGUGCAAAAUACGAUGUUCUCAUUGAACGUAACUGUCCUGCUGAUAAAAUUGAGAGUAUGAACUCAACCAUUAUUGAUGGUAGGUUUGAGAUUGUUCCAUCAUUCGCCUUUAUAGCUGGAACCGAUAGCAUUGAUGUACAAUUGACGCCCCCACGGCAGAAGAUAUCUGUUCGGCCCCAUGAUAGCCUUCAAACGGAUUUCACAUUUCAAUCUAUUACCGAUUAUCCAGUUGAUAUCUACUUUCUCGUUGACCAAAGCUAUACUAUGCGAGAUGAUCUCGAGACUGUCUCCCGACUCACAAAGGAUAUAGCAAAUUCAUUCACUGCCGUUACUAAGGAUCUCCGAAUGGGGUUUGGUGCUUUUGUUGACAAACCCGUCUUCCCAUUCAUUGUACCUACUCCAGAGGCCCAAAUCAAUCCUUGUCUAUACGGCGUCGGUAACCAAGACCUCCAGUGCGAUCCUCCCUUCUUGUAUAAACACAUUCUUUCCCUGACCGACGACUUCGCUGAAUUUGAGCGCAAAACAAUCCUGUCAAGACCCUCUGGAAACCUCGAUAGUCCUGAGGGUGGACUGGAUGCUCUCUUGCAAGUCGCUCGUUGUCCAGAACACAUUGGUUGGCGCAAGAAUGCACGGAAAAUUGUUCUCUUUGCAACUGAUGGUGGAUUCCACUUGGCUGGGGAUGGACGCUUGGCGGGCUUGAUUGUACCCCCACCGAAAACGUGUCAGCUCACUUUUGAAUCGGACCGAUUUAAUAAGUCACUGAAGUACCUUGGGUGGCACAACUCCGUGAAAACGGAUUACCCCAGUGUUGGUGAGGUUGCGGAAGUGUUGACCGAGACAGACAUCAGUGUAAUUUUCGCCAUCGACGCCAAGGUCUAUCCUCUCUACGAGAAGUUGGCAGCAUUCUUGCCCUCCGCCGCUGUGGGAACUCUCACCGACAGUUCCACAAAUAUUGUCAACCUUCUGCGUGAAAAUUACGACAAAAUCGCCAAUCGCGCCGAGCUUCUUCUCUCUUUUGAUACUGACUCCAUGGAGGUUGAAAUUCAAGCUAAAUGCCAAGGUGAGACCGAGUUCACGAAGAAAACUGUCUGCAAGGAGCAUCCCGUAGGAGGAAAGAUCGAAUAUCGUGUUUCAGUGACACCUACUCGCUGCUUUUCCGGCACCAAGGAGGUCGUUCUUAAGAUGGUCGCUCUGGAAGAACAGGCCGUUUUGGAAGUAAGUUCUGCAUGCGAAUGUCCAAGCUGCGGUCCUAUGAUAUCCCACGGACCUUCAUCACCGCGUUGCCAAGACCAUGGACGUCUCGUCUGUGGUGCCUGUGUCUGCGAGCCACAGUACUCAGGGGAAUUCUGUGAAUGCUCCGCAGAGUCUUCGAAGCAGGAGGAAGUUAUGCUUCAACAAUGUACGAGGCCUGGAGACACUGUGCCAUGCUCGGAUCGUGGUCGUUGUGUCUGCGGUCGCUGUAAGUGCAAUCUGGCUCGCUACAUGGGGCCCUAUUGUGAAUGCGAUCGUCAUGGUUGCAAACGGGCGUUCGAUGAUAAUCAGGUGUGCGGUGGUCCCCAACGCGGCGAGUGCCAGUGUGAUGGAACUUGCAAGUGCAAACCUGGCUACACUGGGGAGAGGUGUGAUUGCAUGGAUAGUAACGCCAACUGCUAUGAUCCUAAUAAUCCUGAUGGCCCAGCUUGCUCUGGAAUGGGUGUCUGCGAUUGCGGUCAGUGUUUCUGCAAUUCUGGUCGUACCGGUGCUCUUUGCAAUGAAGUCCAGGGUGGUGAAUCCGCACUCUGCACAGAUCGCUCUGUGGAGCAAUGCGUUCUGUGUUUGCGCCGAGAGAUGCUGGGCACUGAUGAAACCAAGAUUGCCGAGGAGGCUGAAAAGCGGCCUCCCAACUCUCCUCCUGUCACUAUCACGCCAAAUGCUGUCACCGCUUGUCAGGCUGCCUGCAAUACCACGGUGAUCGACACCCCCAAUGCCCAGAUUAUCGAUGAGGUUGGGGAGGAUUCAGCAGGUAAAGAGGAGGGCCUCGAAGGUGGUGCUUCUGGAAGUGCUUCAAUUGGUUCAAAUCUCUGUAUUAUCUACACGGAGGAUUCCUGUCGUGUCAUGUUCAAAUAUCGCUACUCGGAUGCUGUCUACAUUAACCGAAAGGUUGACCUGAAAAUCGUUCGUAAAAGUGAAUGCACAAAGACAACCGGUAUUCUUUUCAUCAUUCUCGGUGUCAUCGCGGGGAUUGUGCUUGGAGGCCUCAUUCUCCUCCUCAUCUACAAACUGGUUAUCACCAUUGACGACCGUCGUGAACUGGCUAAAUUCAAGAUGCACAAUGAGAAUGUUCAUUGGGAGAUGGCUGAGAACCCGAUCUUUGAGCCUCCCACAACUCGUGUACUCAACCCAACAUUCAAUGAUGAUGCUGCUUUCGACUAA